CACUGACAGGGACACGGACAGCAGGGAGGCUCCGGGCGGCGAGGCGUUGUUGACGUUCUGAUUCCGCUCGUUUUUCCCCCCCUCUGGAUUCCUCGCCGUCUUCCCGCCGCCAUCACGCCUCCGUGCGGCGUCCCGGCCACGAUGAAAUGGAUGUUCAAAGAGGACCAUUCCCUCGAGCACCGAUGUGUGGAGUCCGCCAAGAUACGCAACAAAUACCCCGACAGAGUACCGGUGAUAGUGGAGAAGGUGUCGGGCUCUCAGAUAGUGGACAUCGACAAGAGGAAGUACCUGGUGCCCUCUGACAUCACGGUGGCCCAGUUCAUGUGGAUCAUCAGGAAGCGCAUCCAGCUGCCUUCGGAGAAAGCCAUCUUCCUCUUCGUCGACAAGACUGUCCCCCCGUCCAGUCUCACCAUGGGGCAGCUGUACGAAAAGGAGAAGGACGAGGACGGAUUCCUGUACGUGGCCUACAGCGGAGAGAACACCUUUGGUUUCAAGGCCUUUUAUACAACACACGGUUAACGUCACACACACACACGCACACACACACACACACACACACACAGGAGGGCUCGGCAUAAACUGGAGCGCCGCGUUUCAAACAUUUCGCGUGUUGUGCAAGUAACCCACCCACUCGGCUCAGCAAUUUACGGCCUGUUUUUGAUACUGAAAAACACAGAUUUUAGCCCCAUAAACAGGUCGCAAACUUGCUAGAAACGCUUGAGUUUUAAUGGCUGUUCUGGUCACGACCGCUGUCACAAAGGUCACUUGUGGGGAGAAAUGUCAGCAAAAAGUAAGAAUCAACGCACGCUACAAGCACGUCAUUCAUUGUCACACUGACGUCAGUAUUACACGUUUAAAGAGAACUUAUUUAGGCUUUGACACGCACGCACGCACAAACACCAAUCAUGCUACGUUUUUCUGUCAGCUUUGUUGUCACAGAUAUUUGUGUUCAGCCGGAGUGACAAAGAAUAAUCGCUGGAGCAGAAUCAUCAACCGCCUUAUGGGUAUAUUUGCAUAGCCAGUUGUAUGUAUGUAUGUAGUAAAACGUCAGUAUUUAACGUUAAUGCCACAGGAGCGCUCAGCACUGUGAGCGUCCGAGAGAACGACCACGUGCAUGCGAGACGUAGAGAAGGCCGCUGCUGCUCCUGCCACACUUUUAAAGUGCUUCCUCUUGUAAAUUUGCACAUCGUGAGGGACGACAGCGAGACACAAACCUGCUUAAAGAAAGCCAACACUUUAGUCAAAGUUGAAUUGUGAUGUAUCAUUACCAUCCCGGGCAAAACAAGUUAAUUCCGUUCAUUUUGAAGAAGUUUUAACAACAUGCUGGUAUACAAAUUAUUUUAUUAAUAAAUAACAAUUCAGUAAAGCGAUAUCUUUGGAUUUAUGUUUAUGAUGAAAGUUAGUCGUUAGUUUAUAAAAAUUAAAUAAUUGUCCCAGCUUCUCCCACACGGUGAGCAACUAAACACUGGUACCGAUGUACUAAGCCCAGGUCUCGGUAUUGUGACUGGAUAGGUUAACUAGCUCAGCCGGGCAGUGAGCCUCCCACUAGCUGCUAACGGCUAACGUUACCUAGCUCACCCGGCCAAUGGGCCUCCCACUAGCUGCUAACGUUAACUAGUUCACCCGGUCAAUGGGCCUCCCACUAGCUGCUAACGGCUAACGUUAACUAGCUCACCCAGUCAAUGGGCCUCCCACUAGCUGCUAACGGCUAACGUUAACUAGCUCACCCAGUCAAUGGGCCUCCCACUAGCUGCUAACGUUAACUAGCUCACCCGGGCAGUGGGCCUCCCACCAGAAGCUAUGGGCUAACGUUAACUAGCUCACCCGGGCAGUGGGCCUCCCACUAGAAGCUAUGGGCUAACGUUAACUGGCUCACCCGGUCAAUGGGCCUCCCACUAGCCGCUAACGGCUAACGUUAAUUCUGCUUUGUAGAACUGGUUUCUGUUCAGACGGGCGCACUGUGAGCCAGUCGUCAUUAUCGUGACAUCUUUUUAUUUUCCCUGUAUUGGACCCUGACAAUACAUCUUUUAAUGUUGUGAUGACUUAAACCACACAAGCCUCUAAAUGUUAGUUGAUAAAAAUAUCAAAUGUAAAUGUUGAGGGUUCAUCAGCCUCUGAUACUGUGAGUAAAGUCUGAACCACUCAGAUGAUGGUCGCGUUCUAGAUACAUUCCCGCCUCCCCUGGCAUCAUGGCUCAGUAUUCAUAUAUUUAUAUAUAUAUGUGCACCACUAAGCCCAUUCAGGCUUUUAAACAUGGUAUGUAGAUGUGUAAUAUAUUGAUGGAAUGCUAUGGUAUACGGUAGUUUUUAUCAGUGUUGUGUGUUUAGUAUAUCUUAAAUGGCAUAAGUAAAAAGUUUUAGAUAUCCUACAAAAGGGAGCUGGAAGAGCUGACUAAUAAAAAAUAAUUUAAAGCAAA